AUGAAGCCUUAUGUGCAGUCGCGCCUCUCAGUGGACUUUGAGUUUGACUUCGCCGCCCCUCUCUCACGCCUCUCUGCGUGGUACUAUGACUCGCUCGCCUUCAAGCCGCCCACUGUCGUUGUCACCAACGGCUUUGACAAAAUCCCCACAAUGCUCAUGCAGGAAGCACAGGCAGCAGGGGCAGAUUUGACCCUCAACUUUGAGGUAACCGCCAUAUCACAGUCUUCUACCGGCGUGCAGAUCACCGGAAAGGACACCGAGAGCGGCGCUACCGCCACACUGAAUGCUGACGUGGCGAUUGUGACGGUCCCUCUGGGGGUGCUGAAAGCGAACACCAUCGCCUUCACCCCGCCGCUGCCCCCCCGCAAAACCGGUGCCAUGGCCCGCCUGGGCGUGGGCGCCAUCACCAAAAUACUAUUUUUCUUCAACCAUACCUUCUGGCCAGUCAAAGUGGACGAGUAUUUCAUCGAAGACUCGCAGCUGCCCGCGAAUCGCGGGCGGUGGGUUGAUUGGAUCAACCUGAAACGAGUUUGGGGACAGACGGCCUUAAUGGGGGUCGCCCUGGGGGAGUAUGCGGAACGAAUCAAUGCGAUGAGCGACGACCAAGUGAUUCGCGACGCCAAGGCAAAGAUGGCGCGCAUGUUCUGGCAGUACCGCAAGAAUCCGGUUACGCCAAUAGCGACGUGGAUCCAGCGGUGGGCUACAGACCCGUAUUCGCGGGGGGCGUACAGCUACGCGCGCGUGGGCGUGCGGGGGAACGAGGAUCACUGCACGGAUUAUGAUGUGAUGGCGCUGCCCGAGGGGAGGGUGCUGUUUGCGGGGGAACACACCAUCUGGCAGUACCAGGCCACCACGCAUGGCGCCCUGCUGUCUGGCAUCCGCGAAGCCAAGCGGAGCAGAAAGGCGGCGGGGAGUCGGACAAUCCCAAGGAGGCUAUGGAGUCGACGCGAAUCAGAUGCCCUGGUCAGCCGCGCCACACCAGAAGGAGCAGCAGGAGCAGCAGCAACAACAGGAGGCGGUGGGGGAGUGGUGGUGGGCGGCAGGGGGUGCAGUGAAUGCACGCGUGGGGAGGAGUGCAGCAUACACGUGUGGUUGAUACUUCCUGCUCACUGGUUCACACCCUUGGUGACCGAUGAGAGAGCCAAAGCGGAGACGGGCAGCAAAAGAAGCAACAGCAGCAUCGUCAGCAGCGGCAAAAGUAACAGCAAUGGCAGCAGCAGCAGCAGCAGCAGCAGCAGCAGCAGCAGCAGCAGCAGCAGCAGCAGCAGCAGCAGCAGCAGCAGCAGCAGCAGCAGCAGCAGCAGCAGCAGCAGCAGCAGCAGCAGCAGCAUCAGCAGCAGCAGCAGCAGCAGCAGCAGCUAUAAAAGCAGUUGGCUAAAGAACGACCUGACUCUGACUCUAGAGGGCCCAGCAUUGGGAAGUGGGGACGUGCAGUGCACCGACCCCCCAGCCUGCUCGCACUUCCUCAUCUCCUACCGCCUCUGGGACGCGGGGACCUAUAGUGCCACGCUCGCCGUGGGUUGUUCAAAUCUCAAUUUCUCUUCUGACUUCGCCGCCCAUUUCAACUCCACCCUCCGCCAUGACCUUGCCACGUGGAGCCUCAUCAUUGGCUCGCCGAAGCAAUCACCUCACCGGAAAGUUCCUGCCCCUGGAAGCGCAGCUCGUACCACUCAUAGACCUGCUAGAAAUGUCAUGCAGUCAGCUACUGCCUCCCCUGAUACCACCUCCCCAGAUACCACCUCCGCAGAUACCACCUCCUCAGAUACCACCUCCCCAGAUACCACCUCCCCAGAUACCACCUCCCUCAUCGCAGCCACGCCGUGUGCACCGGGCUCCAUCCCUGGCCGGUGGAAGAGGGGAUUCACAGGCAGCUACUUGUGA